CGCUCCGCUUCUGCUCGUGGCCAUUCGCAGGUCCAGCGGAGGCGCGUCGGGAGCUCAGUGCUCGUGUGAACGCAGCAGGGCGGGCCGGGUCCGGGAUGGCCGGGUCGGCGCAGGAGAAGAGCACGCUGCUGCACCUCUUCGCUGGGGGGUGUGGGGGGACAGUGGGUGCUAUUUGCACCUGCCCCUUGGAAGUCAUCAAGACGAGGCUGCAGUCCUCCAAGCUGGCAUUCCGGGCUGUCUACUACCCCCAAGUCCAGCUGGGGACCAUCAGCGGUGCCGGAGUGGUCAGACCGACGUCGGUUUCGCCCGGACUUGUUCAGGUUCUCAAGUCCAUUUUGGAAAAAGAAGGACCCAGGUCGCUUUUCCGGGGGCUGGGACCAAACUUGGUUGGGGUUGCUCCAUCAAGGGCGGUCUACUUCGCAUGUUACUCCAAAGCCAAGGAGCUGUUGAACAACGUGUUUGUGCCGAACAGCAACGUUGUUCAUGUCUGCGCAGCUGGUUCUGCAGCCUUUGUCACUAAUUCACUGAUGAACCCUAUCUGGAUGGUGAAGACCAGAAUGCAACUUGAGAGGAGAGUCAGAGGUUCCAAGCAGAGGAACACGUUGCAGUGCGUGAGGUACAUUUAUCGGACGGAAGGGGUCCGGGGCUUCUAUCGGGGACUCAGUGCCUCUUACGCCGGCAUCUCAGAGACCAUCAUCUGCUUUGCCAUCUACGAGCACCUGAAGAAGCACAUGAACAACAUCCGGCUGUCCCCUUCUGCGGCUGGCGGGCGGGAGCAGAACACCACCAACUUUUUUGGACUGAUGGCCGCUGCUGCCAUUUCCAAGGGUUGUGCGUCCUGCAUUGCUUACCCCCACGAGGUUAUACGAACGCGACUUCGUGAGGAAGGCACCAAGUACAAGACGUUUGUCCAGACGGCCCGGCUGGUCGCCCGGGAGGAGGGAUAUCUAGCCUUCUACAGAGGACUCUUUGCUCAGCUCAUGAGGCAGAUCCCAAACACAGCCAUCGUCUUGUCGACCUACGAGUUGAUAGUGUACCUUUUAGAAGACCGCCUUAAAUAGCAGACCAGCACGCAACCAAUUGCAAAACGGACAAGAAUCCAUGGGCCAGUUUUCUCCCUGAAACGGAGACCCUUCUUAGUGGUGGUGCAGGACUUGAGAACAGUUUGGAACCUGCAGAACAUGUUGCUUUUUUAUUUAAAGCAAUUUUAUUUCCCCCUUUUUUCUCUCUCUUUCCGGGUACUUGCUUUCUGAAAUGUUUUGUCUUUAAUUAAUGUUUAUAGUUAUAACUUUUUUAACUUAAAGAGGUAAAGUUCAGAACUUAACCAUCACUAAAUUAAAUCGAUUAUUUAAUUUAUGUA